AUGGCUAGAUGUACAGAUGUCUUCACCUACAAAGUCGAUUGGCACCGCUACGACCACGACAUGUGGGAAGGUCGCCAUCAUCCAACAAAACGAGAGGUUUUGAGAGUCCUCAUGACGAUGUUUGACCCCCUCGGACUCAUAGCACCGUUUCUAAUGUACCUAAAAAUUCUGCUGCAGGAAAUCUGGCGCAGCCGUACCCAGUGGGAUGAGAAAAUCGACCAUGCCGCUGUCCAAGUACCUCGAUGUUUCCAAACUGCUCCUGGGUAUGAUGAGGUACAACUGCACACCUUUGUAGAUGCUAGCGAGAACGGUAUGGCUGCUGCAUGCUAUCUACGAUUCCAACAGAAAGAAGAAGUCCACUGCUGUUUAGUUGCUGCUAAAACAAAAGUCGCACCUUUAACCUAUCAUUCGAUUCCGCGUCUCGAACUCAUGGCAGCGGUCAUCGGGACAAGGCUCUCCCGGACAAUUAGCGACUCUCUCUCAUUCAGCAUUGACAAAUGUUUCUACCACUCCGAUUCUCGAGAUGUAAUAUGCUGGCUGAACUCCGAUCAUCGUCGUUACACUCCUUUCGUAGCGUGUCGGGUCAGUGAAAUUUUGGAAACUUCGGAACAGAACCAGUGGCGAUGGGUCCCGUCCAAAAUGAAUGCCGCAGAUGACGGAACAAAGUGGGAGAAAGAAAGGCUUCCAGACAUGUCUUUCGGAUCUAGAUGGUUCAAAGGACCAGAGUUUUUGUGGAGAACGGAAGAAGCGUGGCCGUCCCAAUUACCCAAAGGCAGCAAGUCCGAUAUUGAGUUACGUCCACAUCUGUUAACCCACUUCGCCAUACCAGAUCCAGCGAUUAACGUCUCCAGCUGGAAGCGGAUGUUGAAGGUUGCAGUACUCGUACACCGCUUCGUUGCAAACUGCCGCCUGAAGAUUCAGAAGCAGCCUUUUCGUUGUGGUCCCCCUUCCUCGGAGGAAUUACAAGAUGCCGAACGCUAUGUGAUUCGUCAAGCCCAGCGAGAAGCCUACCCGGAAGAGUUAGCUAUUCUUCUGAAGCCGGAAAGCCAAUCAAAGAAGUGUAUUCCCAAGACCAGUUCGUUGUUUAAACUAACACCGUGGCUGGACGACUAUGAGCUGAUGAGAAUGCGAGGAAGAAUAAGUGCAUGUGCCCAAGCAAGCGAAGAUGCCAAGAACCCGAUUAUUCUACCACGUGACCACCACACCACCAAGCUCAUAAUUGCACACUACCACAAAAAGUACCACCACCAGAACCAUGAGACCACUAUAAAUGAGCUCCGACAGAGAUACUGUAUACCAAGACUACGUGCGACCUACGCAAAGGUGCGAAACGAUUGCCAACAUUGCAAGAAUCACCGUGCCGUUCCUCUACCUCCAAUUAUGUCCGACCUCCCGCCAGAGCGCCUUGACGCUUUCUGUCGCCCCUUUACUCACGUAGGCGUGGACUAUUUUGGGCCAAUGGAAGUCGUCGUUGGCCGUCGAGUAGAGAAACGAUGGGGUAUGCUAGUCACAUGUCUGACGACUCGAGCAAUCCACCUCGAAGUGGUGCACACUUUGAACACCGACUCGUGCAUUAUGGGUCUGCGCAAUUUCGCAGCACGCAGAGGAACACCCAAGACAAUUUUCAGCGACCGCGGCACCUGUUUCAUUGGCGCGAGCCGUGAACUGAAGGAUGCGGCGAAAGCAAUUAACCACGACGAUCUGAUGAGAGAAAUCGGUGGCACCGACACAACAUGGAAGUUCAUCCCUCCAGCGUCGCCACACAUGGGCGGUAGCUGGGAAAGUCUGGUUGGGAUCGUGAAGCAGAACUUGAUGAAAAUCCAUCCUUUGUACAAGCCCAAUGAUGAAGUUCUACGAAACCUGUUGAUGGAGGUCAAAAAUACCGUAAACUUCCGACCACUGACGCAUGUACCAGUAGACAAUGAAUCUGCUCCUGCCCUUACACCUAAUCACUUUCUGCUGGGAUCGUCCGACGGUUCCAAGCCCCUUUGUGGCCUCGACGAUAGUGGAACUGCUCUUGGACCUGAGAUCACUCGUCGAACCAAAUGGUACACCGACACGAAGCCAAUAAAAAUCGGCGACGUGGUGGUCAUAGUCGACCCCAAACUACCCCGGAACUGCUGGCCCAAAGGCAAGGUUAUCGGGACUUCCAUCAACCAGAAGGACAACCAAAUCAGGGCCGCAACCGUGCAAACUGCGACCGGGGUGUAUGAACGUCCGGUAGCCAAGCUAGCCGUACUGGAUGUAAGGCGCGAAGAGCUAUUCUUGAGGAAGAAAAGCCAGAAGAUCCUGUCUGCGUCAGACACACAAACGACGACGCACCCCACGACAACUUGCAAUCAAAGAAAAUCCUCUUUCAUGCAGUCAGUGUCUUCCUCAUCUGUUGCCAGCAUCACCAUCACCGUCAUCAUCAAAAAUCAUCAUUCCACGUUUGAUGCAAGCAACAAGCAACCAAGAAGGGUCGAAAUGUUAAAUAUCCUUCCGGGUAACCUCUACGUGAGUAAGCAGAACGGGAAGGCCACAUUUGCUGCGCCAACAGUUUUCCCGUGCUUCCGAUGCGAUGUGAACGAAGCGUUGCCCCUCGCUCUUGAUUGA